UUCAGUUACAAAUGGAGUCUUGGUUACGGCCUUUCUUGGCUCAAACCCUUAAUUGGGUCUCCACUCAAAACCUCCACAAAUAUGGUGCUACUGCUUUACUAGUAGUAUCAGAAUGAUUCUUCAACCUGAUGAUAUUCUUCAACAUGCAAGUUAGUUGUAGUGGAAAAAGUAGGAAUGCAGAGACAUGGGAAGAAACAAGGAAAUAUGGAGCUGUUUUGAAUAGGUUCCUACCAGGCAUCCUGGAAAAUGAGGAGGCGACAAAAAGGGCAUUGCAAGAUGACAAAUCACAAAAUGUUGAGGAAGUACAGAAAAUCAUAGGGUACGACUUUAAUGAUCGGAAUUUAUUGCGGCAAGCUUUUACACAUACGUCGUAUCACAAGGACUGUAUAUCUUAUGAGCGGCUCGAGUAUGUGGGUGACUCGGUUCUUAACUUUAUGAUCACAAAAGAACAUUUUUUUAAGUAUCCAAGUCUUCCACCUGGGUUGUUGUCACCUCUACGUGCUGCAAAUGUUGACACAGAGAAGCUUGCGCGUGCUGCUGUUAAGCAUAGUUUCCACAAGUAUUUACAGCAUGGAAAGCCUAUCCUUACGCGACGAAUUCAAUCAUUUAUAAAUGUUCUUCCUGAGUAUCCUUUGCAUUCCCAUGGAUUGAUAGAUGCUCCAAAGGUGCUUGCUGAUGUUGUUGAAUCAACGAUAGGAGCAGUAUUUAUUGAUAGCAAUUCUUCAAUUGACACUACCUGGGAGGUAGCGAAGAUUCUAUUAGAGCCCAUAAUUACACCGGAAAUGCUUGAAACAAAUCCGGUAAAGAAGCUAUAUGAGACCUGCCAGAAGCAUAAACUUAAAGUUCGAGUAGUCGAUAUGUGGUCACAUGAUGGGAGUUUUGAAGUUUUUGUUGACAAUCAAAUGAGGGGAAAAGGCAUGUGCCAUGUAAAGAAAGAAAUUGCAUUGAACAGAGCUGCAAACAAAGCAUAUAAUGAAGUUAUUGGAAUGCUAAGUGUUGGCAAUAUGAAUAAAUAGCUCAUAGAGAAUAAUCUGGCAUUAGAAAUACAACUAUUUGUCUCUAUUUUGUUCCUUAUUGCAAGUUGGAAUACAGACUCAAUUCUUUUGAAAAAUCCACAAGGCAUUGUUUUGAUUGAGUUAUGUUUUCAAGUUCCACUCAAAUUAGUUAAUAAUUAAUCGUUUUGAUGGA